AUGUCGGAAUUCCAGCCUGUCAUCGUCAUCGACGGCAAGGGACACUUGCUCGGUCGCUUGGCCAGCACUGUCGCCAAGCAGCUCCUGAACGGCCAGAAGAUCGUUGUUGUCCGCUGCGAGGCCCUCAACAUCUCUGGAGAGUUCUUCCGCGCUAAGCUGAAGUACCAGGCCUUCCUGCGCAAGCAGACGCGUUACAACGCUUCCCGUGGUGGUCCCUGGCACUACCGCGCUCCCUCCAAGAUGUUCUGGCGCACCGUCCGUGGCAUGAUCCCUCACAAGACUGCCCGUGGUGCCGCCGCUCUUGAGCGCCUGAAGACCUUCGAUGGUGUUCCUCCUCCUUACGACCACAAGAAGCGCAUGGUCGUUCCCCAGGCCCUCCGUGUCCUCCGCCUCAAGCCCGGCCGCAAGUACUGCACCGUCGGCAGACUCGGCCACGAGUUCGGCUGGAAGUACCAGGACGUUGUCGCCAGACUCGAGGAGCGCAGAAAGGUCAAGGGUGCCGCCUACUACGAGCGCAAGAAGGCUGCUCGCCGUUCGCUCGCCGAGGCCCAGAAGAGCGCCAAGGUCGACGAGAAGGCCACCGCAAUCUAUCAUAUCACUGCGAACAAGAAGGUUCUGAGGAGAAGCUACCAGGAAUUUGCGGAUCGUGCUAGAGGUCUAGCAUACUAUCUAAGACAUCAUGGAUUUAAGCGAGUGGGCAUCCUCUCCCCCAACACACCUGCCUUCCUAGAAGCCAUCUUUGGAAUUGCAGCUGCAGGAGCAGUCAAUGUUGGAGUAAACUACCGACUGCAAUCGACAGACAUUACUUACAUAUUUGAGCAUGCUGAAGUAGACAGCAUCAUUGUUGAUGCUGAAUUUGCUCAUCUUUUGGACGAAUUCAGAGCAGCGCACCCUGAUAUCAAGAUCAUCAUCGAUACUGACACGGACGCAACGGAAGGCCAACUCUCGGGUCCCUUUGAUGAAGCAGUCCUCGAAGGCCUGAAAUAUGACAUCGAGACUGGUUCUAAAGGUUGGGCAGAUCUCGAGCAUACUACACCUGAUGAAAACUCUCUGAUAGCAUUGGCCUACACUUCGGGAACCACCGCACGGCCUAAAGGUGUCAUGUUUACACAGAGGGGCGCGUAUCUGGCAGCUCUCGCAAACAUUGUUGAAUCUGGUCUUAAUUACCAUGGAUCGCAACGCGCACAUUAUCUCUGGACACUGCCGAUGUUCCAUGCCAUGGGUUGGACUUUCCCAUGGUCUGUCACAGCCGUUCGUGGCACUCACUACUGUUUGCGAAAGAUCGACUAUCCUGAAAUUUGGCGUCUCCUCAAGGAAGAAGGCAUCACUCACAUGAAUUCGGCCCCGACUGUGAACACACUCCUGUGCAAUGACCCUGCGGCCGAACGGUUGGAUCUACCUGUCAGAGUAACGGUAGCUGCAAGUCCACCUUCUGCUCAUUUGUUCAAGACUAUGGAGAGCUUGAACUUGCAACCAGUACACGUUUACGGCUUGACAGAGACGUAUGGUCCAAUCACCAAAGGUUACCAUAUGCAGACUUGGAGUCAGCUUCCAGGCGACGAGAAAUAUGCCAAGAUGGCCCGACAAGGCCACGGUUUUCUCACUUCCAUGCCUGCUCGCGUGAUCAAGACAGACGUUCCAGCUGACCACAUUGAAGACGUCGAGAAGAACGGCAAAGAAAUCGGCGAGAUUGUUUUCUAUGGCAACAUCUGCGCGAAGGGCUACUACAAGGAUGAAGAGGCCACCAGAAAGUUGUUCGCUGGAGGAGUCUUGCACACUGGUGAUCUUGCUGUCAUGCAUGAAGACGGUGCCAUCCAGAUUCUCGACCGAGCCAAGGACAUUAUUAUAUCAGGUGGAGAGAACAUCUCUAGUGUUGCCUUAGAGUCCAUGCUAGUAACCCAUCCAGACAUACUCGAAGCAGCAUGCGUGGCAGUGCCUGACAGCCAUUGGGGUGAGCGACCACUGGCUUUUGUUACGGCAAGAAAACAGAGCCUCAAAGGCGAGGAAGUGAUUGAAUGGGCUAGAAACCAGAGCAGCAUUAGUCGCUUUAUGGUUCCCAGGGAAGUUGUAAUAGUGUCUGAGUUGCCAAAGACAAGCACUGGAAAGCUAAAGAAGAAUGAGUUGCGAGAUUGGGCCAAGAAGGGGCAGAAGGGGAUGUAA